AUGACAGAAUCUCAAGAAUCACCAGAAUCCCCAAAAAUUCAGGUUAAAAGUAGAAGUGCAAGCAUAUUUCCUGAAAUGAGUCAAAAUUUUUUUUCAGAUGAUGAAUCUGCUGCCACUGAUGACUCUGUGGCGGAAAAUGAUGAAUUCAUAGACGGUGAAGAUGACUAUGGAUAUGGGGAGGAAGCAAAUAAAGACGUUCCAGAGUCACCAAAACCCAGAAGGUCCACAAAUUAUGGCAGCGGACGUUAUGGUAACGGUGGGAGUUCAAGAAGGUCAAGAUACAGCAGAAAUACCGGUACAUUAGAUAGGAUGGCAGCUAAAGAUCAGUCGCUGUUACAAACAGCAAAUGAAGAUAUUCCUGCUGAUUUUGAACCAGAUACAGUCUCAGGGAUGUUUAGAUCACAUGACUUCAGUUAUUUGAAAUUGAGACCUGAUCAUGCUUCAAGACCUAUAUGGAUAUCCCCAAGUGAUGGUAGGAUUAUAUUAGAAAGUUUUUCACCUUUGGCUGAGCAAGCUCAAGAUUUUUUAGUUACUAUUGCAGAACCUAUAAGUAGACCCUCGCACAUCCAUGAAUAUAAAAUUACUGCAUAUUCAUUAUACGCUGCUGUAUCAGUUGGUUUAGAGACUGAUGAUAUUAUAUCUGUUUUAGAUAGAUUAUCAAAAGUUCCUGUAGCGCAAUCGAUAGUAACUUUUAUCAAAAGUGCAACUGUUUCUUAUGGUAAAGUUAAACUAGUCAUUAAACAUAACAGAUAUUUUGUAGAAACAACACAAGCUGAUAUUUUACAAAUGUUAUUAAAGGAUUCAAUUAUUGGUCCAUUAAGAAUAGACAGUGAACAACACAAUUCUAAUACGGAUGACAAGAAUAAAAAUAUGAAAAAUAGUAAUAAUAAUAAUAAAAAUGGUAUAACUGAUCAGAACGUAAACUCAAACGAUGUUGAAGCAAUGUUUAGUGCCGUUGUAGGCGAAGACAAUGAAGGAGAAGAAGAGGAAGAUGAUAUAGACAUAGUUCAUUCAUUUGAAAUCGCCAAUGAAUCGGUCGAAAUAGUGAAGAAAAGAUGUCAAGAAAUAGAUUACCCUGUCUUAGAAGAAUAUGAUUUUAGGAACGAUCAUCGUAACCCAGAUUUAGAUAUUGACUUGAAACCAUCAACACAGAUUAGACCAUACCAAGAAAAAUCAUUGUCCAAAAUGUUUGGUAACGGUCGUGCUAGAAGUGGUAUCAUUGUUUUACCUUGUGGUGCAGGUAAAACUUUAGUUGGUAUUACAGCUGCAUGUACAAUUAAAAAAUCAGUGAUUGUACUGUGUACUUCUUCUGUUUCUGUAAUGCAAUGGAGGCAGCAGUUCUUACAAUGGUGUACUCUACAACCCGAGAAUUGUGCAGUGUUCACAUCAGAUAAUAAAGAAAUGUUUCAAACUGAAUCAGGGUUGGUUGUUUCUACAUAUUCCAUGGUUGCUAAUACAAGAAAUAGAUCUCAUGAUUCUCAAAAAGUGAUGGAUUUUUUAACUGGUAGAGAAUGGGGGUUUAUUAUUUUGGAUGAAGUACACGUUGUUCCAGCUGCUAUGUUCCGUAGAGUUGUUUCUGCUAUUGCUGCUCAUGCUAAGCUAGGUUUAACUGCUACUUUAGUUAGAGAAGAUGAUAAGAUUAGUGACUUGAAUUUUUUAAUUGGGCCCAAGUUAUACGAAGCUAAUUGGAUGGAACUUUCUCAAAAAGGUCAUAUUGCAAAUGUCCAAUGUGCAGAGGUCUGGUGUCCAAUGACAGCAGAAUUUUAUCAGGAGUAUUUACGUGAAUCAGCUAGAAAAAGAAUGUUGUUAUACAUUAUGAAUCCAACAAAGUUUCAAGCAUGCCAAUUUUUGAUUCAAUAUCAUGAAAAGAGAGGUGAUAAGAUUAUUGUCUUCUCAGAUAAUGUUUAUGCAUUACAAGAAUAUGCAUUAAAACUUGGGAAGCCAUUCAUUUAUGGGUCUACACCACAACAAGAACGUAUGAAUAUUUUACAAAACUUUCAGUAUAAUGAUCAAAUUAAUACUAUUUUCCUAUCUAAAGUGGGUGAUACAUCUAUUGAUUUACCAGAAGCUACUUGUUUAAUCCAAAUUUCUUCUCAUUAUGGUUCUCGUCGUCAAGAAGCUCAGAGAUUGGGUAGAAUUUUGAGAGCUAAAAGACGUAAUGAUGAAGGUUUUAAUGCAUUUUUUUACUCCUUGGUUUCAAAGGAUACACAAGAGAUGUAUUAUUCCACAAAAAGACAGGCCUUCUUGGUGGACCAAGGUUAUGCAUUUAAAGUUAUCACACAUCUACACGGUAUGGAAAACCUUCCAAAUUUAGCCUAUGCUUCUGCCAGAGAAAGAAGAGAAUUAUUACAAGAAGUGUUAUUAAAAAAUGAAGAGGCUGCAGGUAUUGAAAUUGGGGAUGAUGCGGAUAGUUCAAUUGGUCGUGGUGGUAAUUCUCAUAAAAGAUUGAAAUCCAAAGCUUUCAGAGGUGAAGGUUCUUUGGCUGGUCUUGCUGGUGGUGAAGAUAUGGCCUAUAUGGAAUACACUACAAACAAGAAUAAAGAUCUGAAGGAACACCAUCCAUUAAUCCGUAAAAUGUAUUACAAGAAUGUAAGAAAAUAA